AUGGAGGUUAAAGAGGCUGAGGUUAAAGAGGCUGAGGUUAAAGAGGCUGAGGUUAAAGAGGCUGAGGUUACAGAGGCUGAUGUUAAAGAGGCUGAGGUUAAAGAGGCUGAGGUUACAGAGGCUGAGGUUAAAGAGGCUGAGGUUAAAGAGGCUGAGGUUAAAGAGGCUGAGGUUACAGAGGCUGAGGUUACAGAGGCUGAGGUUACAGAGGCUGAGGUUACAGAGGCUGAGGUUACAGAGGCUGAGGUUAAAGAGGCUGAGGUUAAAGAGACUGAGGUUAAAGAGGCUGAUGUUAAAGAGGCUGAGGUUAAAGAGGCUGAGGUUAAAGAGACUGAGGUUAAAGAGACUGAGGUUAAAGAGGCUGAGGUUAAAGAGGCUGAGGUUAAAGAGACUGAGGUUAAAGAGACUGAGGUUAAAGAGGCUGAGGUUAAAGAGGCUGAGGUUAAAGAGGCUGAGGUUAAAGAGACUGAGGUUAAAGAGGCUGAGGUUACAGAGGCUGAUGUUAAAGAGGCUGAGGUUAAAGAGACUGAGGUUAAAGAGGCUGAGGUUAAAGAGGCUGAGGUUAAAGAGGCUGAGGUUAAAGCGGAAUCAGACACGUCACCACAGCCCCAUAUCAUGCAUCCUCAAUGGCCAAGUUGA